GCUCCAGAAAAACGCCGCGGGCCUCCGCACUGGGACUGUCCCGACUCUCCCUCCACCAAAGUGCUGGAUAUGUCCAACACAUUUUCCUUAUGUUUUAAUUUUCCAGCAUCUACAGUUUUUGUUUGACUUUUUCCAAUUGAGUUUCUCCUGCAUCUCUUCAUUUCCCCUCCGAAUUACAUUGUUAGACAUGACUUGCAUUCGGGCAUUUCAGGGAAGGAUCUUUGCUGGAUGGAUGCAAGAACCUUAUUUAUUUUAACUAACAUUAACUAUUGUGCAUUUAUCAACAAAUUUAAUGCAGGAUUACUAUUGCUAUUUCUUGCAGGAAUGUUGCUGAAUGAGUGGAAGAGGAACGAGCACAAAAGAAACUCCACGGGCCCGGCAGCUCAUUUCAGUCCUGCCAGAGGGGACGUCAGGGACACUGAUGUUUGAGGAAUAUAUCUGUGUAGGAUAUUACAGGAACAUUUACAGACAAGAAUCUCAAACCAAACAUCAUCAAAAUCUGACUACCACUUGAUACAACGAUAGCUGAACGCCACCAAUCGAAGGAGAAAUGAUUGGCUCAGGCAGAAGGUUUUAAAGCUUAUUGUCACCGGUCAAGCUCUGGAGAUGGUGGCAGCUGAGUGAAGAUGUUGCAGAGCUUCUGAGUGUGAAAAGAGUUCACUGUGCAGCUGGAGAAGAAAUUCCUGAGUUUGCAGAUGAGAGAAACCAAACACGUCUUCUGUGUGUUCGUACAGUUUUGAUAAUCAGUCCAGAAGGUGAAUAGUUAUUUUGUGAUUUAUUAGUAAAAAGUGUUGAUAGUAAAUGAGACAGUUGACAGUUGAUAGUAAAGGAGACAAUGAGUAAAGGAGCUCAUUCUGACUGCUUCAUAAAUAACUUUGGGGAAGAGAAUUACCCAGCCUUGAACCAGGGAAAGAAUUUGCUGAUUUACCCCGCUGUUCACAACACGCUCGACUCCUCAGCAAUGAAUCAGUUUCACCGUUCCAACCGCGGGAGAAAGUUCGGUAACAUGGUGAGGCACCGGCGAGUCCAGACCGGGGAGAGGCCGUUCACCUGCUCCGAGUGCGGCAAAGCGUUCACCAGUUCCUCCAUCCUGCUACGGCACCAGCAGAUCCACACGGGGGAGAGGCCGUUCACCUGCUCCGAGUGUGGGAAGGGCUUCUCUCAGUCGGCCACGUUACUGAGGCACCAGCAGGUUCACUCCAGGGAGGGGGUGCUCUCCGGCUCGGGGAGUGCGGAGGCAUUCGUUCAGUCGGCCAAGCUGAAGAGACCCCAGCAGUCUCUUGGCGGGGAGAAGCCGUUCACCUGCUCGGAGUGCGGGAAGGGCUUCACCCGGUCGGCCCACCUGCUGACGCACCAGCGCGUACACACUGGGGAGAGGCCCUUCACCUGCUCCAUUUGCUCUGAGACAUUCGCCCGCUCCUCCUCCCUGCUAACGCACCAGCGCCUUCACUCCAGGGAGAGGCCCUUCUCCUGCAUCGAGUGCGGGAAGCGCUUUACCGAUUCAACCAGGCUGCUGAGGCACCAGAGGAUUCACACUGGCACGAUGUUGUUCAUCUGCACUGGGUGCGGGAAGGGCUUCUCUCACAUGUCCAGCCUGCUGAGGCACCAGCGGGUUCACGCUGGCGAAAAAUCAUUCACUUGCUCCGAAUGCGGGGAAGGUUUCAGUCGUUUAUCCCGGCUGGUGAUCCACCAGCGGACUCACACCGGGGAGUGGCCGUACACCUGCUCCGUCUGCGGGAAAGGAUUCAAUCGGCUAUCCCACCAGCGGACGCAUCAGCGGAUCCACACUGGGGAGAGGCCUUACACCUGUUCUGAGUGCGGGAAGGGGUUUGGUCGCUCGUCCAGCCUGAUGCUUCACCAGCGGAUCCAUACCGGGGAGAGGCCGUUCACCUGCUCCGAGUGCGGGAAGCGAUUCAACCAGCUAUCCCAACUGCAGACCCACAAGCGGAUUCACUCCGGGGAGAGGCCGUUCACCUGUUCCGACUGCGGGAAGGGAUUCAAUCAGUUAUCGCACCUUCAGAAACACCGGCGGCUUCACAAUGGGGAGGGGGUGAGGGAAUCACCACGCUCCGAAUCUGGGAAGGGAAACAGUCCAUCAUCUGGCGUGUUGAUUCACCAGCAGAUUCUCAAUGAGGAGCGGCCAUUCAUCUGCUCCGAGUGCGGGAAAGAAUUCAAUCAAUUGUCACACCUGCAGAAACAUUGGCAGGUUCACACGGGGGAGAGGCCGUUCACCUGCUCCGUGUGCGGGAAGGGAUUCACUCAGUUGUCCAACCUGAAGGCGCACCAGCGGAUCCACACCGGGGAGAAGCCCUUCAUCUGCUCCGAGUGCGGGAAGGGAUUCACACAGUUGUCCAACCUCAAGACGCACCAGAAGGUUCACAGCAGGUCCUCUGGCGACUUCGAAUCUGGGAAAGAGAUCGGUCAGACGUCCGACCUGGUGAACCAGCCGCAGGUCCCUGCCGGGGGGAAGCCAUUCGCCUGCUCCGAGUGCGGGAAGGGGUUCAGCCGCUCGUCCAACCUGGUGAUUCACCAGCGGAUUCACACCGAUGAAAGGCCCUUCACCUGCUCCGUCUGUGCGAAAGGCUUCACCCAUUCAACCAUCCUACUGAGGCACCAGCGGAUACACACCGGGGAGAGGCCGUUCACCUGCUCUGUGUGCGGGAAAGGGUUCACCCAGCUGUCCAACCUGCAGGCACACCAGAGGAUACACACCGGCGAGAGGCCGUUCACCUGCUCCGAGUGCGAGAGGGCCUUCACUCAAGAGAGCAGUCUGAUGAUCCAUCGGCGGAUCCACACCGGAGAGAGGCCGUUCAGCUGCUCCGAGUGCGGGAAGGGAUUCACUCAGUCGUCUCAUCUGGUGACCCACCAGCGGGUCCACAGCGGGGAGAGGCCGUUCAUCUGUUCCGAGUGCGGCAUGUCCUUCAGCCGCUCGUCCAUUCUGGUGACCCACCGGCGAGUCCGCACCAAGGAGAGGCCAUUCACCUGCACGGAGUGCGGCGUGGGCUUCAGCCGCUCGUCCAACCUGGUGACCCAUCGGCGGGUCCACACCGGGGAGAGGCCGUUCACCUGCCCCGAGUGCGGGAAGGUGUUCAGCCGCGCCUCCCACCUUCUGACCCACCGACAGGUCCACGCCGGGGAGAGGCCGAUCACCUGCCCCGUGUGCGGGAAGGGCCUGGCCGAUUAUUCCCAGCUGCUGAGCCACCAGCGGCUCCACUCCGCCGACAAGCCGUUUCCCUGCCCAGACUGCCGGAAGGGCUUCACCCACUCGACCAAACUGAAGCGGCACCAGCGGGUCCACACCGGGGAGAGGCCAUUCACCUGCUCCGAGUGCGGGAUGGGCUUCAGCCGAUCGUCCGUCCUGGUGGUUCACCAGCGAGUCCACACCGGGGAGAGGCCCUUCACCUGCUCUGAGUGCGGGAAAGGCUUCACCCAGUUGUCCCAUCUGCUCCAACACCAGAGGGUCCACACUGGAGAGAGGCCGUUCACCUGCGCCGAGUGCGGCAAGGGAUUCACAGAAUCGUCCGGACUGCUGAGCCACCGGAGGGUCCACACCGGGGAGAGACCCUUCACCUGUUUCGAGUGCGGGAAGGGCUUUAAGCAAUCGAGCAACCUGAUUAAACACAAGCGGGUUCACACCGGGGAGAGGCCGUUCUCCUGCGCCGAGUGUGGGAAGGCCUUCACUAAUUCCACCAACCUGCUGAGACACAAGCAGAUUCACACGGGGGAGAGGCCUUUCUCCUGCUCCGUCUGUGCCGAGAGAUUCACGCGGCUGUCUUCCCUGCUGACCCACCAGCGGCUCCACACCGGCGAGAGGCCGUUCGUCUGCGCAGAUUGUGGGAAGGGUUUCACCGAUUCCACCCGGUUGCUGAGGCACCGGCGGCUGCACAGCGGCGAGAGGCCAUUCACCUGCGCCGAUUGCGGAAAGGGCUUCACCCACUCGACCAUCCUCCUCCGACACCAGCAGAUCCACACCGGCGAGCGGCCGUUCAUCUGUACCUCCUGCGGGAAGAGCUUCAGCCGCUCAUCCCGGCUUGCCAUCCACGAGCGAGCCCACACCGGGGAGAAGCCGUACACCUGCUCCGACUGUGGCAAGGGCUUCAAUCAGCUGUCCCACCAGCAGUCGCACCAGCGGAUCCACACCGGGGAGAGGCCGUUCAUCUGCGCCGACUGCGGCAGGGGCUUCAACCAGUCGUCCCACCUGCAGUCGCACCGGCGGGUCCACAAUCGGGUCCGGCCAUCCAUCUGCUCCGAAUGCGGGAAGGGCUUCAGCCGGGCAUCCAGCCUGGUCAUUCACCAGCGCAUCCACACGGGCGAGAGGCCCUUCGUCUGCUCCGAGUGCGGGAGGGGCUUCACCCAGCUGUCCAACCUGCAGACCCACCAGCGCAUCCACACCGGCGAGCGGCCCUUCAACUGCUCCGAGUGCGGGAAGGGCUUCAACCAGUUGUCCCACCUGCAGAAGCACCAGCGGGUGCACACCGAGGAGAAGCCGGCCGACGACGCUGAGCCUGCCAAGGAGCUCACUCCACCGCCACCCGUGGUGAUCCGCAGACGCCGCCGGGCUCCUGCCAAGGAGAGGCUCUUCAUCUGCUCCGAGUGCGGCAAGACCUUCGGCCGCUCGUCCAGCCUCAACCUCCACCGCCGCACCCACACUGGCGAGAGGCCCUUCACCUGCUCCGAGUGCGGCAAGCGCUUCACCCAGCUGUACAACCUGCAGAUCCACCAGCGCAUCCACACCGGCGAGAGGCCCUUCACCUGCUCCGUGUGCGGCAAGGGCUUCAACCGCUCCAGCACCUUGGUGACCCACCAGCGUGUCCACACCGGCGAGAGGCCGUACAUCUGCCCCGUGUGCGGGAAGGGCUUCACCCAGUUGUCCAACCUGCACAAGCACCGGCGAAUCCACGCCAACAAGAAAGCCAUCUUGUACCCUCUGCCUGACGGCAACAGUUCAAACAAGGGAGUGUCCAAGGGGGAGCAAGAUGGGGAACAAGAUGGCGGAGUCCUUGCUAUGUGUAUGUCUGGGUGCAGGCGAAUGCGGGCUGUGGACAAGAGGCAAGUCAACGAAUCAGAGAUUCCCGACUGUGUGUUCACCAGGGUUCAGCUUGGAACUCGCUAUAGGCCUCCGGGACAGGGAAUAAGCUCCAUCAAAGUUAGAGGAGCCCCUGGCGCUGGUGCCGGAAAUGAUAUUCAGGGAAUGCGCGGUCUGCAGCCGAGAAGAGGCGCCGGCAACUGGGGGGACCAGGUAAUGGAGGAUUCUCCGACCGGAAGCUCAAAGUGUCCAGAUCCACCGAAGUCGCUCGAUCUGCAGACCUCCGCACACCUUCCGCCUUUGGACGCAGAAGAAGACGCCUCCGCUCACAGCGAGGGGAAAGGGUUCACCUGUCCCGAUUGUGGACGGAGUUUUAUCCGGGCAUCGGGGCUGACGAGGCACCAGUGCACCCACUCCGGGGAGAAAGUGUGGAAGUGCGGGGACUGCGGGAAGGGGUUCUGUUAUCCUUCCUGGCUGGAGAUCCACCGGCGCAGCCACACCAGGGAGAAGCCGUUCAUCUGCUCCAUGUGCGGGAAGGGGUUCUGCUGCCUGUCCAACCUGACCACACACCAGCGGUUCCACACCAGGGAGCGGCCCUUCACUUGCUCCGAGUGCGGCAAGGGCUUCACCCAGUCAUCCUCCCUGCUGACCCACCGGCGUGUCCACAGUGGAGAGAGGCCCUUCACCUGCGCCGAGUGCGGCAAGGGCUUCACCUUGUCGUCUUACCUGGUGAGGCACCAGCAGGUCCACACCGGGGAGAGGCCGUUCACCUGCUCCGAGUGUGGGAAGGGCUUCACCCUGUCCUCCUGCUUGGUGAGGCACCAGCAGGUCCACACCGGCGAGAGGCCGUUCACCUGCAUCGAGUGCGGCAAGGGAUUCACUCAGUUGUCCAACCUGGUGUCACACCAGAGGGUCCACACCGGGGAGAGGCCGUUCACCUGCCCCGAGUGCGGGAAGGGCUUCAGCUAUUCAUCCAACCUACGGAAGCACCAGCGAGUUCACAAACAAUUUCCCUCUGGAUUGCUCUCUGUUGACUUGCCCACCUACGCAACCUUCGAGACCUCCAUCCAGGCCCACAAACUGCACAACCCCCGCUGGACCAGACCCAAUCUCGUCAACUUCCACUAUAUCCCUGGUGGACUCUUCAGAAGUGAGGACCACAAGAUACAAGCGUGCACUCGUCUGUGUCUCAGUAGAUGGGAGGACCGGGUGAACUCUCUCCCGCAGUCGCCGCAGGUGAACGGCCUCUCCUCGGUGUGGACCCGCUGGUGCCUCAGCAGGUCCGACGAGCGGGUGAAUCCCUUCCCGCACUCGGAGCAGGUGAACGGCCUCUCCCCGGUGUGGAUGUGCUGGUGCGUCAGCAGGUUGGACGACUGGGUGAAGCCCUUCCCGCACUGGGUGCAGAUGAACAGUUUCUCACCAGUGUGGACCCGCUGGUGGGUCAGCAGGUUGGCCGACCGGCCGAAGCACUUCCCGCAGUCGGUGCAGAUGAAGGGCCCCUCCUCAGUGUGGACCUGCUGGUGCCUCAUCAGGCUGGAGGAGCGAGCGAAUUCCCUCCCGCACUCAAAACAGGGUGUUGGUAAUGGACGAUCCUCCGACCGGAAGCUCAAAGUGUCCAGAUUCACUGAAGUCACUCGAUCUGCAGACCUCUGCACAGCUUCGGCCUUUGUACGCAGAAGAAGACGCCUCCGCUCGCAGCGAUGGGAAAGAGUUCACCUGUCCCGAUUGUGGACGGAGUUUUAUCUGACGAGGCACCAGUGCACCCACUCCGGGGAGAAAGUGUGGAAGUGCGGGGACUGCGGGAAGGGGUUCUGUUAUCCUUCCUGGCUGGAGAUCCACCGGCGCAGCCACACCAGGGAGAAGCCGUUCAUCCCGGAGGAGCGACCCUUCACCUGCUCUGAGUGCGGCAAGGGGUUCACCUUAUCGUCUUACCUGGUGAGGCACCAGCAGGUCCACACCGGGAAGAGGCCAUUCACCUGCCUUGUGUUUGGGAAGGGCUUCAGCUAUUCAUCCAACCUACGGAAGCACCAGCAUGGAAUGCAGGUCGGAUACACAAUGUCGUCUAACCAGGGAGUUAACACGGGCGGGGGCUCUUUCCCCUGCUCCGAGUGUGGAAAGGGCUUCGCUCAGUCGUACGACCUGAUGAGGCACCAGCGGGUCCACACCGGGGAGAGGCCGUUCACCUGCUCUGAGUGCGGGAAGGGCUUCACUCUCUCGUCCAGUCUGGCGACCCACCAACAGGUCCACACCGGGAAGAGACCGUUCAUCUGCAACGAGUGUGGGAAGGGCUUCGCACGGUCUUCAAGCCUGAUGACCCACCAGCGGGUCCACACCGGGGAGAGGCCGUUCACCUGCUCUGAGUGCGGGAAAGGGUUCAAUCAGUCGGCCAACCUGAGGAGGCACCAGCAGGUCCACACGGGGGAGAGGCCGUUCACCUGCUCCGAGUGCGGGAAGGGGUUCAUUUUGGAGUCGCACCUGCUGACGCACCAAAGGGUCCACACAGGUGAGAGGCCGUUCUCCUGCUCCGAGUGCGGGAAGUGCUUCACCCGGUCGACCAACCUGAUGGCCCACCAGAGGGUCCACACCGGGGAGAGACCGUUCACCUGUACCGAAUGUGGCAAGGGCUUCAUCUGGUCCUCCGACCUCCUCACCCACCAGCUGGUCCACACUGGCGAGAGGCCGUUCACCUGCUCCCAGUGCGGGAAGGGAUUCAUCCGCUCCUCCCACCUGCUGAGGCACCAACAGAUCCACACCGGGAAGCGGCCGUUCUCCUGCUCCGAAUGCGGCAGACGCUUCAGCCGCUCGUCCAACCUACUGAGGCAUCGACAUGUUCACGACGGGGAGAAAGUUUAAACGUACACAAUAUUGAAGACUUGCUGCUGCUGACGUACCCGCGAGCUCAUGGCUGAGAGAAAUUUUCAACACAAGCAGUGAACUGCGGUAAAGAGAGGGUUCACAAGCAACUGAGGGUGUUGCACUCUGCGGUUUCUGCUGAUGUUCAUCACUGGGCACAGUUACGGUCUGUUUUUGCGGACAUUACUCACGCCGAAAACUGGGCUGAACUUUAGCCGAAAACUGGGCUGAACUUUAAUAUUCAGAGCCUGUGAGAAAUAAAUCAGCUUUGCUUUAAACACUGU